UCCGCCAAAUGAGGGGGAGUGUCUCACUUCCGCCUCGUUGUUUGCAGAUCUAUACCUGUCAGUAUCCUAGUUCGAAAUACGUGGAUGUUGUCUGUGAUCAUGUUACUAUUCGCAGCAUCAGGCCUCCAGGCCUGGGCUUAUGCGGAUGUAACGGAUCAUAGUAGCACUUUGGCCUAUAUCCAAGGCAACUGGGGAGCAAAGUCGCUGCCAGAUAUACACCGCUUCGGCCGAAUUAAGGACGAGAGAACUAUAUAAGCAGCUCCUCCCUCCCCCAAUUAUCUGCUCAUCAAGCUCAUCUCAGAUAUCCUCAGUGACCAAGACAAACGAGCACGGCCGAGCUUUCAUACCACUCAGAAGCACAUAUCCCUCUAUCCUCAAGAUGAAGUCUUUCACCUCUGCUCUGUCUGUUCUCAGUCUCCUCUGCUCCUCCGCCCUGGCCACACCCGUUGAGGCGAACACUGAAGCCACUGAGGCCGUGAGCGUGUCUGUCUCCUACGACCCUGUUUUCGACGUCGGCAGCCAAUCCAUCAACACCGUGUCCUGCUCCAAUCUGAACUACGCUACGUUCGCCAACAUCCCGGGCUUUCCCAACAUCGGAGGCGCGCCCACCGUCUCGGGCUGGGGCAGUCCCAACUGCGGAAAGUGCUACCAGCUGACCUACGGCUCCACUUCGAUCUAUGUAACCGCCAUUGACGCCGCACCCGGUGGCUUCAAUCUUGCUCAGGCAGCCAUGGACAAGCUGACCGGCAACCGGGCAGUCCAGCUGGGUCGGAUCACCGCGACCUACACUGAGGUGGCUUCGUCGUUCUGUGCAUGAGCGACUGAACGUUGGUCUUGAGGUGAAUCCGUCGAAAUGGGUUAUGAAUUGGGUAAUGGUAUAAUGUGUUGUGAUAUAUUAGUCUCCUGCAUCUCGGAUAUAUUAAUGUUCUAAUGUCAAAUAAUUGCAUGAGGCGUGCAUAGUCAUGCAAGUCUCUAAUCCGACAGGUCACGCACCUGGUCACAGAAUAAUAUGCUGGAGCUUUUCCCCUGAGCCUUUUGAGUAGAGACUUUCGGAUGAAUAGUAAGUAACCUUUACAGGAUGGUAAAAA